AUGUUUAUGCUGACAUGGAUUGGUGGAUUAUUUGUGGUAUUUCAAAUUGCUGGAAAUUUUUUGGCAUGCAUGUUGGUGGAUACGAGUAUAAGAGCCACCACGAUUCUAACACCACCACAGGAACCACAACUACGUAAAUUGUGGCGUUUCUGUUCGCUGUGUGAAGUACUCGCUCCGAUACGUUCCUGGCACUGUGAUUCGUGCCGGACCUGUGUAUUAAAACGUGAUCAUCAUUGUAUCUUCACGGGAAAUUGUGUCGGUCAUCGUAAUCAACGUUAUUUUAUAUUAUUUAUCGUUUAUGUAAUUAUCGGUUGUUCAUAUUGUUGCCUUUAUAAUUCCGUAUAUUUUUGGUAUCUACACAAAGAUAUUUAUUUAAAUUCAAGAACCCUAUUAAGUCUUAUUUGUCCUUUUGUUGGAUUCUUUUUCGAUAUAUCAUGGAAUAAUUUAUAUUUACUCACAUAUGAAUUGGGAUUUAUUUCCCUACUAUAUGCUUUGAUUUUAUUUCUAUUCCAUUGGCCAAAUAUUCUAAGAGGUGCGACAACACAUGAAAGUCAGACGGCGAAAUAUGAUUUGGGUCGUGAUUUGAAUUUGGAAAUGGUAUUUGGUAAACGUUGGCAUUUGGUGUGGUUAUCGCCGUUACUGGAAAGUCCUCUGCCGCAUGAUGGUGUCCAUUGGGAGUCAUUGUUGAAACAAUCGAAUAAAAAUCGUUAG